AUGGCAUUCGCUAAACGCAUAAAAUAUCCAAGUGUUAUCGAAAGAUAUUAUACGAAAUAUUAUCGUACUAAUGUUCAUAACGAAACAAAUAAUGAUACACUCGUACUUGUUCAUUCGAAUCGUGUUUGUGUUUUAAUGCUUUCUGAACGUCAUCCGAUUUUGGAAAAAUCUUUAGUUAUUAAUUCAAUUGAAUCGUUAGCUAAUAUUAAUCAAUCAAUGAGCGGUAAAUCAAAGCGUGGAGCUGAUUAUGUUCAACCAAAUAAAUUACUUUAUCGUAUAAAAUGUGAAAACAAUGAGAAUUUUACUAUAUGUGCAAGUAUAAAAGGACGUUUAGUCGAAUUAAAUGAUAACAUUAUAAAAACACCUGAACUUCUACAACGGAAAGCACAAGGCGAAGGUUAUUUAGCAAUACUUAUACCAUCUUUAAUAGAUGGAGAAAAUAAUUUAAAAGUCUUAACAACUGAGCAAGAUUAUAUUCUAUCAAAGCAAUCUUCGCAAAUCAUUCCUUGA